AUGUCCGACUGGAAAUACGACGCCUUCUUACAUACAUUUUCCGUUCUCGUAGACUUAUUCUUCCGCGAAGUCCAUCCGCGAGGCGCAUGGAGAGUGCCAAGGACUGGUCCUAUCCUCUUCGUCGCCGCGCCGCAUGCGAACCAAUUCGUCGACGGCUUGGUCCUCCAGCGGACGCUAAAAAAUGAAGCCCAGCGGCGCGUGGGCCUACUCAUCGCCGAGAAAUCAGUGCACGGUUUCAUCGGAUGGGGAUCCCGUCAGACUGGGUCCGUUCCUGUAGGCCGAGCGCAGGACAAAGCGAAACCCGCUUCAGGUGUUAUCUAUCUUCCUGACCCCAUCAAUGACCCAACCUUGAUCCGAGGCGUGGGCACGGACUUCGAGAAAGAAGCCGAGGUUGGCGGCAUGCUGUUCUUGCCCUCUGUGAAGGGCCAGUCGGGUAGCUCGAUCGACAUAUCUAAGAUCAUCGGACCUGAGGAAAUUCGGAUUAAGCGGCCGUUCAAGGGAAAGGUUCCCCUACAGCAGCUAACCGGUCGAGACGAUAUCGACGAGAAAGGGAAUAUUGCUAAUAAGGAAUUGAAGGGCCCGAAAGAUGGUUUCAAGGGUACUAAGUUUAAACUAGCUCCCCAUAUCGAUCAGACUGAGGUUUACAAGGCGGUUUUCAAUCGUCUGAGGUCGGGCGGCUGUAUUGGAAUUUUCCCUGAAGGAGGUAGCCAUGACAGGACGGAAUUGUUACCUCUAAAGGCUGGUGUCGCCAUCAUGGCGUUGGGCACCUUGGCUGAAGAUCCCGACUGUGGACUACAAAUUGUUCCUGUUGGGAUGAAUUACUUCCAUGCCCAUAAGUUCCGAUCACGGGCUGUCGUUGAAUUUGGAGCCCCCUUCCAAAUUCCGAGAGACCUAGUUGAGAAAUACAAGAACAAUGAGAGGAGAGACGCGAUUGGCCAGACACUUGAUAUGGUACAUCAGGCUUUGAGCGCAGUUACGGUAUCAGCUCCGGAUUACGAUACCUUGAUGUGCAUCCAAGCAGCCCGGCGACUAUACAAUACCGGGAAGAAGCUGCCACUGCCUAUGGUGGUAGAACUGAACAGGAGAUUAGCUGUCGGCUUCUCUAAAUACAAGGAUGACCCACGUAUUAUCGAUCUAAUGAACAAUGUCAAGGAUUACAACAAGCAGCUCCACUACCUCAACAUCAAGGACCACCAAGUGGCUUAUGCUAAGAUGACUCUCCCGAUAGUUAUUGUCACUCUUCUAUACCGGAUUAGCAAACUCCUUGUUCUCUCCAUCGGUGUGAUUCCCGGUCUUGUUCUUUUCGCGCCGGUCUUUGCCGCAUCUAAGAUCAUUAGCCAUAAAAAGGCCAAAGAAGCGCUAGCGGCUUCGUCAGUUAAAAUUCAAGGCAAGGAUGUCAUGGCCACAUGGAAACUCCUUGUGGCCAUGGCGUUUGCGCCCGUGCUCUACAACCUAUAUUCCAUUUUGCUCUCAUUUAAGGUGUACCAAGAUCACCUAUGGGGCUACGUACCAGAGUGGGUGCCAUUCUGGUUAGUCUUCAUUGCCGGUUGGAUCGUCUUUCCAGCUAUCACGUUUGCUGCUCUGCGCUUUGGCGAAGUUGGUAUGGACAUAUUCAAAUCUCUCAGGCCCCUCGUUCUGUGCAUCAGCCCGACAUCUGGCUACAGCAUCCAUAAGCUUCGAGAGCGGAGAGCGGAGUUAUCCGAGAAAGUAGUCCAGGUUAUCAACGAUCUCGGCCCCGACAUGUACGAAGACUUCGAACACACGCGUCUGGUCGCAGACCCCCGCGCGAAUGGAGCGAUCUCACUUAAGGAAGCUAGCGUUCCGGAUAGGACGGAGCCGACCCCACCAGACUCUCCUCACCUUUCGAGGAAGAAUACCACAAGAUCGAGCCAAGCUAUCCCAAGAAACGAGUCCUUCAGCAAUAUCGGCGCCAUUGGUAUGUUCGCGACGCGCCCGCCGUCUCGGUCUAGAAGCCGCAGCAGCAGCAGCGGAGGCGGGUUCGGGUCCGGCGGGUUCCCGGUGUCGGGGUUCACGGCGCUGGAUACUAACGAAGGGUUCCACGAGGCGAGCAAUAAGAUCAGGGCGGCGAUGAAGCAGAGGGGGCAGCUGAGGCGGAGGAAGAGCGGGUUUUCGUCGGAUGGAGAGGGGAGCGAGGGGACUUGA